AUGGCACCCGCUAUUACUGCCAAAUAUGACUGGAUCCUUGCGAUUACAACGAUUGCCUUCGUUUUCUCUGCAUUCGGUAACGGUGCCAACGAUGUCGCCAACUCUUAUGCCACAUCCGUUGCCGCCCAAACCUUGACUAUGGUACAAGUCGGUUUCUUGUCCAUUGUCACCGAGUUCGUCGGUGCUGUUGCUCUCGGAGCUCGUGUUACCGACACAAUCAAGAACGGCAUCAUCAACAUCGACCGCUUCCAGGUGCCUGCCGAGCCCGGCACAUUGAUGCUUGCCAUGGGUUGCGCUGAGGUCGGUAGCGCUGCCUGGCUUAUGUUCGCAACACGUGCUGGAAUGCCUGUAUCCACCACCCAGACUAUUGUCGGUGCUCUGGUCGGUGUCGGUUUUGCAACCAACGCCGGUGUCACCUGGGGCUGGGAAUCCGGGUCUGUUUCUCAGGUCGCUGCUAGCUGGGCCAUCGCACCGUUGAUCGCCUGCGCAUUCAGCGCUGUCAUCUUCGGCACCGUCAAGUACGCCGUCCUGGAGCGUGAAGACUCUUUCAAAUGGGGAAUGAGACUCAUUCCGUGGUACUUUGCCGCCACUGGAGCCAUUCUCGCUUUAUUUAUCGUCGUCGAGACGCCUACUGCGCCCUCCCUGGAGGAAUUUGGUGCGGGCAAGGCUGCUGGCAUUAUUCUCGGAGUCUUCGCUGGAGUCCUACUGUUCAGCUAUGUCUUCUUCAUGCCUUAUCUCCAGCGCAAGUUGAUCCAGAAAGAUGCCCGGAUGCGCAUCUGGCAUAUUCCUCUCGGACCCCUACUCCUCCGCGAGAAUCCUCCUCUUUACUUUGCUGGCAAGGCCGAUGGAGAAUACGUCAAGAACUACUACGCCGAUGCCUACGGUGAGGUUCGUGCCCAAGGACAGGAGUUGCGACAGCGCAAUGCCAACGGACUGAAAGAUGAGGAGAAGCAGCCACAGGGUGUCGAUAACAUCCAGAAGAGCUCGCCUGGUAGCAGCCAGUAUGGCAUUCCAACUGAUCCUGAGAAAGCGAAGCGGCUGGAAGAAACACUAAAGAAUGACCCAGAGGCAGCUCCGCAAUUGUCGAAGCAGCGCAAGCAGCUUGAACCGUACGAGCGAUUCAUCGGUCCUGUCAAGGACUUGGCUUGGACCAACCCUACAAAGUUCUGGGGCUACUUCAAAUUCGGUCUGCUCCAGGGUGUUACCCGCGAUGUCAUUACUCACGACAGCGACAAGCUUCGUGACAUUCACGCCCGUGCCAACCGCUACGAUGUGCGUGUAGAGCAUAUGUGGACCUACUGUCAAGUCAUCUCUGCCAUGAUGAUGUCCAUCGCCCACGGAUCCAAUGACGUUGCCAACGCCGUUGGUCCCUGGUCUGCUGUUUACCAAACAUAUAGGGAGGGUGCCAUCGCCACUGAGUCAGGUACACCCAUCUGGAUGCUGGUCGUCGCGGGUCUGUUGCUUGGUCUCGGUUUCUGGUUCUACGGAUACCACAUCAUGCGUGCCCUCGGAAACAAGAUCACGCAGAUGAGCCCCACCCGUGGUUUUGCCACCGAGCUGGGUGCUGCCAUCACUGUGCUGCUAGCCUCACGUCUGGGUCUCCCAGUAUCGACGACACAGUGCUUGACCGGUGCUCUCAUCGGAACGGCGCUGAUGAAUUACGACCUCAAGGCUGUGAACUGGGCCCAGCUGGGUUUCAUCUUCAUGGGUUGGGUCAUCACGCUGCCGGCGUCCGGUCUGAUUGCUGGACUGUUAUGCGUCAUGGCACUGAACACGCCUCACUUCUAG